UAUUAUUUUCUGACAUUUGCCAACUGAAUCUUUGCUCAAAUUGCAGUAACCUCACUGCAUUUUACUAUAUUAGCUUUCUAAUCUAAGAAGGCAGUAGUCGCUGCUUUUUAUUCAGCUAUUCUUCGAGGAAAUCAGAAAAAGAAAUGGAGAAGAUGGUGUUACUGAGAUCCAUAUGCCGCGCAGCCUGUUUUAGGUCUUCAUGUUUCGCCGCUGUUACCCACCACUUGGCUUCUCGAUCCCUCUUCACUCUCUCCUCGCCUUCCGUUGCUACCCCUUGCAAUCGCAUCGUUUCUGAUUUCAGAUCUUCUUUUACGAUGGGCAUUGGAGGCAGACGGUUUUUUAGUGAGGGCGUAACUCACAUGCCUGUCAUACAAGAUCCCGAAAUUCAAAAUGUUUUGAAGGACUUAAUGGCAGCAAGUUGGGACGAGCUUCCUGAUGCACUCAUCCAUGAUGUGAAGAAUGCCUUGUCUAAAAACACUGAUGAUAAAGCUGGCCAAGAAAUUUUGAAGAAUGUUUUCUGUGCAGCUGAAGCAGUUGAGGAAUUUGGUGGCAUGCUCAUUUCUAUGAAAAUGGAACUUGAUGACAGCAUUGGAUUGAGUGGCGAGGAUGUAAAGCCCUUAUCAGAUGAUUUUGUCAAUGCACUUCGUACAGUUUAUCAACGAUAUUCUGCCUAUUUGGAUGCAUUUGGACCUGAUGAGGGUUAUUUGCGGAAGAAAGUAGAGAUGGAGUUGGGAUCAAAGAUGAUAUACUUGAAGAUGAGAUGCAGUGGGCUUGGUUCAGAGUGGGGGAAGGUUACUGUUCUUGGCACUUCUGGACUUGCUGGUUCUUAUGUUGAGCAGAGAGCUUAGAGACACAUUUUGGGAAGGUUUUGAUGUAAUUGUGAACUUUGGAAUCUUGUUUUUGAAUAGUUGGAUGUCACUUGUAUUCUCUCUGGAAGAACUAUCUAGGGUGGAGCAGAUGGCCAUUGAAUAAGAGCUUAUUACUGUCAACAAUUUAAAACCAUAUUUUUCAUCCUGUUUGAGAAUUUCUUUUAUGUUUAUUUUGUGAUGGUUAAUAAUGUCUUGACUCUUGUCUUCUCCUAUACUGUAAGGUAUUACCAUAAUGAUAUGGUCAUGCAAAAUUUUGUA